UCCAUCAGAACUUCCCCUUUUCUAUAAGACCGUGUUCAGCGAAGCUCUCUCUUUUCGAGCUUUCUCACUCUUCUUCGAAGAAACACAAGGGCAAGACGGAAGAGAAGAUCGGGAACGCGAGAAGAAUCGAUCACCAUCUCCCUCUCUCGUUCUCAUCCCCUUGGAUCUCCACGCUAGGGCUCGGUCUCCAUCGCCAUGGACAUCGAGCAAAGGCAAACAGAGAUCAUCGAUCACUUUGUGAAGCAAGCGGAGGUAAUGGAAGCUGCCUCUCUCUCCGCCCUUGUUCUUGAGGCCACUUCUCACCCUUCCCUCUUUGCUUUCUCCGAGAUCCUCUCCUCACCCAAUGUCCACAAGCUUGAGGGCACACGGUACUCGUCUUCACGGGACUUGCUUCGCUUGUUUGCCUAUGGCACAUGGAAUGAUUACCGAAGCAAUGCUGGCUGUCUUCCUGCGCUGUUGCCUGAUCAAGUUCGCAAACUAAAACAGCUCACUGUUCUGACACUGGCUGAGACAAACAAGGUACUACCAUAUGAUCAAUUGAUGCAGGAGAUAGAUGUUUCAAAUGUAAGAGAACUUGAAGAUUUUCUUAUAAACGAGUGCAUGUAUGUGGGUAUAGUUAGAGGUAAACUUGAUCAGCUGCGCAGGUGUUUUGAGGUUCAAUUUGCAGCUGGAAGGGAUCUUAGGCCUGGGCAGCUCAACAAUAUGAUACAAACAUUGGCAAACUGGGUGUGCACCUCUGAUAACCUGCUGCAGACUAUCCAAGAAAAAAUCAAAUGGGCCGAUGCAAUGAGUGAGGCAUACAAGAAGCAUCGUAAAGAAAUCGAGGAUAGGGCUGAAGAUGUUAAAAAAUCCCUAAAGAAGUUAACCAGGCCGACUUGGACUCACGAGGGCAUGAAGAGAUGUACUCUGAAGCUGGAGGGCUAAUGGACUAUGAAGAGGAUCGUGCCCGGCCUAAGAGAAGGCGGCAUCCAGUGCCAUAGAGAUAAGGGGCAGUAGAUUGAACUGGUGGAUUUUGUUUACAGGAGAAAGCUGGAGAUCUGGUUCUGAUAAAGGCAUUUUGGCACCCAUGUUAUGAUAACUUAAUGUGGUCUUUAUCUGUCUGCUUGGCUCUGAUCUUGACUAUUAACCAAGCCCCCACUGUGCACUGUAACACUUUCAUUAUCAUCUUUGUCAAAUUUCGCCUUCGCCUUCACCUUCCAUGUAUUCACCAAUCAAUAGAUUGUCAAAUCUUAGAAAAGUCAUUAUUCAAAACUGUCUUUGUUUAUCUUUGUAUGUUGUGAACCAUGUUUUUCAUGUAGUAUUAGAGAACUAUAUGUUUGAUCUUC